AUGGCGGCCGCGCGCUGGUGGCGGCUGUGCGGGCGCUGGCGGCCUGCGGUCCCCGGUCCCGCCCUGGGGCCCGCGCGGCGCCGCCUCUGGGCCCCCGCCGCCGCUGUCCCGGCCCCGCUGGGCUCCGCGCCGCCGCCCCGCGCCGCCUUCAGCGCCGGCCCGCGGUGGCACCAGCGCAGCCCCGGCGGUUUGCCGGGGGGCGACGCGCUGGAAGGCGGCGGCGAGGACGGCGGUGGCGGCGGCGGCGGCGGCGGCGGCGGCGGCGGGGCGGACGGCAGCGGGACCGGGCCGGUCAUAACGGCGUUGACGCCGCUGCUCGUCCCGGAGCAUUUCCCCAACGUCCCGCUGAUCGCCGUGACGCGCAACCCCGUCUUCCCGCGCUUCAUCAAGAUCAUCGAGGUGAGCUGCCCCCGAUCCCUCGGUCCCGGGGCCGGGGCUCGGCUCCGCCGGCCCGGCCUGGGCGGGAGCUUCCGCCGCCGCGAGGUGAAAAAUAAGAAGCUGGUUGAGCUGCUGAGGAGGAAAGUUCGUCUUGCCCAGCCUUAUGCUGGUGUUUUUCUUAAAAAGGAUGACAAGUAA